UCAUCUCAAGUCUCUGCAAAUUCUCUCUCUCUCUCUCUCUCUCUCUCUCUCUCUCUCUCUCAUUUGCAGAACGAGAGAUCCUCUGAAACGGAAGUUCUCUCUCUUUCAGAGACCGAUUUCGAGAAAUUACAUCCGUCCGAUCUGAUAUUCGUGUCCGGGGAUUUUCAAGGUUUCUCGGCAGAGCAAAUCGGACGUGAAGGAGGUGAAAAUGCUGGGGGAUGUAAUCACCAGAAGCCUCGUGUUGCUCCUUGGUUAUGUAUAUCCGGCAUAUGAGUGCUUCAAAACUGUCGAAAAGAACAGAGCCGACAUUGAACAGCUGCGGUUUUGGUGUCAAUACUGGAUCAUUGUUGCGGUGCUGACAGUAAUUGAGAAGAUUGGGGAUAUUUUUCUUUCAUGGGUUCCAAUGUACGGUGAGCUAAAGCUGGCAUUCAUUGUCUAUUUAUGGCAUCCCAAAACAAAGGGAACCGACUAUGUCUACGAGACCUUCCUGCAGCCUUACCUUACGAAACAUGAAACAGAGAUCGACCGGAAGUUGCUGGAGGUUAAGGCCAGAGCUUGGGACAUGGCUCUCCUGUAUUUGCAGAAUGUGACUAGUCAAGGCCAGAGUAAAUUUUUUGAAUUCCUCCAGUAUUUGGCCAAGCAAUCAGCAAGGCCCACCACGGCCACUCAGAGUGCCGAACCAGUGCCGCAAUCACCAAACUCAAAGGCGUCCGUGAAUUGCCAGAAAGAGCCGCAAAUACAAAAGACGACGGGCCAAUGGCAGCCUCCACCAACAGCCCCGCCGACUACGAUCAUGCGUCAGGCGCCUCAGGCGCCAAAAGCAGAUUAUGUACUUCAAACGCAAAUGACGAUCAGGCGCGAGGUAUCUCAGACGCCUAUAGCAGAUCAUGUGGUUCAGACACCAGUGGCAGAGGCCACCACAUCCAGAGUAGAAGUGGGGAUCGAGCCGAGCAAGUCAAUUGCCUCUGGUGCAAAUGACCAAAUUCAAGAUAUUACCAUGGAUGAAACGCUCCGUGCUGCACGCGUAAGACUUCGGCGUGCCAACACCAGCCGGAUUGAAACUUAGAAAAAACAAAAAAAAAGGGGAAUAUAUGACUCAAAAUUCCCUUCUUCCCCUACAAAUUUCCUUGCAUCAAUAUGGUUUUUUGUCUUUUCUUUUUAAUUUGGGUAGGGUGGGGAUGACGGAGGCAUUAUUUUACACCCAAAUUGAUAAAAUGGGUGUAUGCAAAUCAAUCAAUUCAUUUC